GACGUCUCUUUGCAGAUGUCAUGGUGCAAAAAAAUACUCUUAAACCCACCUGAUACUGAAGUGACUCACCGCACCGGACCGUUUUUAUACGGCAAAACAUGGCAGAUUUCAACAUGAUGGGAGCCAGUUGAUGAGGUCCUUCAGAUGCCUCCAUCCCUGCUGACAUGUGGUGGGUGUCAGCAGAGCAUCGGUGACCGCUUCUUCCUGAAGGCCAUUGAGCAGUACUGGCAUGAGGACUGCCUUAGCUGCGACCUCUGCGGCUGUCGGCUUGGAGAGGUGGGCCGGAGGCUCUACUAUAAGCUGGGGAGGAAGCUCUGUCGUCGGGAUUAUCUCAGGCUCUUCGGUCAGGAUGGUCUCUGCGCCUCCUGCGAAAAAAGAAUCCGAGCGUUUGAGAUGACGAUGCGCGUCCGGGACAAGGUUUACCAUCUCGAGUGCUUCAAGUGCGCCGCCUGCCAGAAGCACUUCUGUGUCGGGGAUCGCUACCUUCUCAUCAACUCCGACAUCGUGUGUGAGCAGGACAUUUUUGAGUGGACCAAACUCAACAACAGCAGCGUGGUUUAGGGCGAUAACCGUGUGGCUUUUCUGGCUGCCUUGAUGAACAGCUGUCUUUAAAGCCCAUACAGGCUUAUUCAUGCAAUACGACUGGAAUUAAACGAGGAGUGGACUUGCAUCUAAACAUUUCCGCAUGCAAACCUGCGCUUAAGGUUUAAACAUUUCUAAUCGUAAAGAACAAACGGAGAAAAAAAACUUUAAGACUGAACAUGUUUGACUUUGUUAUACACUGGGUUUUGUAAAGGUAUAAAUGAACAAAAAAAGCAUCCUAGCUUGGGUGUGUUUAAACCUUUUUCAGGUUUUCUCAUAGUCGGACACUUUUAAACCUCUAUAAUGCUGAAUAAUACUAUUAGUAGGCUUCUUUUUUACUGGCUUUGUAUUUCUAAAUCAUGUUUAAAUAAUUAUGCAGAAAUCUACAAUAGUUUCUUAUGUUAUUUUCCUUUGGACAAAUUUUCUGAUUAGGAAAAAAACAAAACAUUGAGCUAACGGAUUAUUUGUAAAAUAUU